UAUCGUUUCCCGUGUUCUAAAUUCUGCAUUUUGUCAUCGAUAUCGCCACCUCUUUCGGUAUCCGCAUCCAUUUGGGCUCAAGUUUUCUACCAAUGCGAGGCCAGCGCUUUAUCCACGAACAUGCAGGUUUAUCGGACCCACGCGCCACCUGGUCGAGGAGGUCUGGGCAUUGACCCCAGGAGAACUGCUGCUCUGUUCAUUAAGCUUCAGGACGAGUUCGCUACUCUGGGUGGCAAGUUUCACCCGCAUGUUAAAGGAAAUAUGGACAGCACCAGCAUGCUUGCCAACGCAUCCUAGCUCGCCAAAGACCGUCGCGCCUUGGGAGUUAAAGUUUUCCAUGCUUCCAUAAGUUUUGCCGAAGACGCUUCGGACAACCCGAACAGGUAUCUUGGAAUUCGGGGUGUAUGACGACGACAAGCUUUUCACGCGAGGCAUAUGGAAUGCUGAGAUUUGGGAUGCCAUGGCGCCCGUGCCAGAAGACAUUCGAAUCAAAGGAAAAGGUGCUUGAGUGCUCUUUCGAACACAAAUUUGGAAGAGUCCCUGAAGGCGCACAACAUUGAGGCCAUAGCGCUGGGUGGCUGUAUGGCAAAUUGUGUAGAGUCCACUAUGCGAGAACCUUGCAAACAAAUAUUCGACUUGAUUGCGCUUUCACUGACUGCGUUGCUACGACGUCGCCCGCAGGGUGUAAUGCUGCAGUCGAUAUUACAUUCCCUUUUUUCUCGACGCCAAUGAAUGCAGCAUCUUUCCUAGCAAAUGUCAAGGCCGCUGUGUGUCCCUUCAAGUCGCCGUCGGAGCCACCUGCAAAACGGAUCAAACCGGAGAAGCCGCAGCACAAGACGUUUGCGUUCGAUCGUAUAGCCGAAGACGUCUUCCAAGUGGGCCCAUGGCUUGUGGACGUGCGGCAGGGCAUGCAGGGUGCCAGAGUUGUGGUUCGAAGCGGAGAGCACGAGCUGCGCCGCUAUUUGACCUUCGGGGAGGCGUCCGGCAUGGUGGGCCAGGGCAUCGGGCAUCCCCGCGAUGUGCGAUUGGGACAUUGUGGCGUAUUUUACGAAGAGGCCUGAGGCAGGGAAGUCGAUUGAGCCCUUCGGCUGGAUGUGCAACGUGACAGGGAUUCGUUUGCCAGCGCCCGAUGGUGGUUGUGUACUCUACUCCCCCGUGUUGGCGCCGAAUGGCACAAUUGACAAGGUAGUUGUAGCACUCACUGAGCAGAAUCUGUUGCCAGUGCGCAUUAUUAUCUCCCCAGCGCCUCAGCACCACCUUGCAUUAUCUUCUUACCAGGAAGCCUUUCCGGAUGCAUUUUACAUAUGUGGCAAGGCUUCAGGGCAGAUGCCACCGCUUACUCGAAAGCGUCGUGAUCUCCGGUUCGAUGGGGUCAUAAGUCCGACUUGCAACGACGAAGUUGUGUUGAGUGCUCUUACCGUCGACAGAGAGGAGUCAGACCCAGCCAGUGAUGCGAGGCAGGCUACCAAUAGGCAGCUUUUGCAGUCUCCAUUCCAUACUUGCACUCUCGAUGACAACCGUUCAGGGGAUAUUACUCUUGUCCAUGAGCUGUCUAAGACGCUGAUCAUGUCCGAUCUUCUGUACAAGUCCAACCCCGACAUUGUCGGACCUGGUGGGAAGUUCAUUCACUACGCGACUCCAGCCUGGUUUGUAGAAGGUCGACGAGAGUUGUUUUAUGGUCACCCUCAGGAUAACUCUGGGGGGUUGCUGCCGUCUUAUCCCACACAUCCUCGCAUAAGGUCUAUCGAUUUUCCAGGAAUGCGGUGGUCUUUGUACAAGCUCUUACCGUUACUGACUUUCCAAUUUCCACUUUUCCCGCUUCUGUGUAUUCGCAACGUUAGGA